CAGUUCGUACCUACAAGAGCCAAAAAUGCACAACCAUGUUUCCAUUCACAACAACAAAUAAAGAAUUUAUUUCGCUUCAAAUUACUAGGUAGAGCUAUUCCAUUUGACCUGAGGAGAAAUGAAGCGAUUUCAUCCAUGCUGGUUGCAAGCUUAAGGGAGUCAUUGUGCGCCCUUUAUCUUUAUGUUCGAUGAAGUCCUACUUUGAAAAGCUCUUUGAACAAUUUUUCAAUAAGGAUUCACUAACAAUUCCUGAGAGAAAGUUUUUCACAAGCUGUGUGAGAAAUUAUAUCAUGAAACACAACAAUAAAACAAGAAACGAUGUCAGAAUGAAAAUUGAUGCGAAAGUAGGCCGGGAUCCUAUUUUCCGAAUUUUAAUUUUCAAUCGAAGCAAGCAUUUUGUUGAUGCGACGAUUUUGCUCACUGAUGAUUAUAGUUACAUGAGAGAAGCAGCUAUAAUCAUCACCAGAAGCGAAAAUGGAGCGAGGACAAGUUAAAUCAAGAAUUCCAACAGGAUCAAGGAUUCCCAGAAGCUCAUGGGCCAGUCAGGAGACUGGAGUUAGGCCGGAAAAACAUCGUUCUUCAAACAAAGGUCUUGAGAAUGCAAGCGAAAUAUGGUUUUUGAACUACAAUGACCCGAACGUUGAGAGGAUUGAGGACGAAACUCCGCCGAUGCUGGUACCUAGUGAUAUCCAGCUAUCGUAUGGGGAUUUCAUUGAUUCGAAUACAGAGUGGAUCGAGGAUAUAACUCCGCCGCAGCUCGUUCCUAGUGAUAUCCAGGUAUGGUUUGGGAAUUUAAUUGAUUCGAAUGCAGAGUUGAUCGAGGAUAUAACUCCGCCGCAGCUCGUUCCCAGUGACACACAUCUGGAGGAUGACAUCGAUGAUGUGUGUGACUGGGAACCAGGAGAUAUUUCAGAGAUCAAUUAUGCAAUUUUUAAGCGGAUAAAAGCUGAGAGAGAUCUCUGCAAAAUGAAGGCGGAGAACGAAAAACUUCAGCAGGAAAAUCAGCGACUGAAGGCAAAAACAGGCGUAAGCCUAAUAAGUCGAUGCUGCUUCCGGUUCCUACUGUUCAUGGUGGGCGAGGUGGCGGAAUCGAUUUUCAGCUCAUUUUAAAUUAAUCGUAUGAACUAAAUGUGGUGGUGGAUGUUUGUGUGUGUUAUGUUUGGCUUUCUUCUUGUUGCAAGUUGUUAUUUUGUUUUGUUCUGUUUUCGUUAUACCAUUCUAUGUAGCAAAUUUUACUUCAGCUUUUGUUAUACGUUUAGUUGAUUUUUAUGCGUUUGUUUUCAUGUUCAUAUUUAUGUUUUGUUUUCAUGUUAGCAUUUUUGUUGUUAUGCUAUUUGCA